AUGAUAUUUAGUUGUACUCUUUUCUCUCUCUUUUUUUUUUUUUUUAAAUUCUUGUGGCAGGUCGGAAGUACCGAGAGGGCCUUUUUUUCAGCGUGUGUUUGUCUGUGUGGGUGCAACGGCGAGGGAAAUUUAUUUUUUAUGUGCUUGAGGCGAGUAGGCGUGCGUCCUCCAUUGUUCCUGACGUUGUCGGUUCUGCACAGUGCCGUAUUCACCGUCACACCCAUCACUGUAGCGCAUGCAAGGCGGGGUGGGGGCAGCGCAUCCAAUGCGGUUACACGGAGCGUACAUCUUCCACGGAGUCGAAGUUACGCAGCAUUUAGACGUCUUCUUUCUAACAUGCAGGAGAACACAUCCCAUGGCAAAGCCUGCGGUGGGGCAGAGGCGGCCAUACCCUUCGAUGAGCCAUUGGCUGCUAACGCCGCAUUGUUGGAACAACUUGGUGUAAUGGACCUUGCAGAGCGGCGUAAACAUCCAUUUGCCACUUUUACCACCGCUACAGACACAAACUCAAUACACACGUCAUUGGCUACCGCUAUCACCGAGGCCUGCAGGGUCGGUGCCGCCUGUCACCUUUCGUCCAAUUUUAUUUUUCGAAAGAUUGCUGCAGCCAUCAAAAAGGAUGAUGGUAACGCCGAAUGGGUUCCCCUCAUGGCAGCUGCGGUGCUUCUCCGCCAUGCCGCUGAGGCCAUCAAUUUCAAAUCUGGCUUGCUACAACGCUACAAGAACGGCUCUGAUGCUGUUCCGUCACGGCAUGAUGCUCCCGCGUGGCCUCGGAGUGACCAGGGGGAGUUGGCACGCUUAGAAUGGGUCCUCUUUCAGGAGAUACGUCGGGGAUAUGAGAUCCUCACGAUGCUUCCAAAGCGCCGUAAAGAAUUUGUAGAAAUGCAAUACAGUAAGCUAAAAGAGAAUGGAGGAAUUCAACUUGCAUUGAACUUACAGAGAGAAUACAUGGAUGAGCUUCGUGGACGAAUUGAACUCGCUGUUGCUCUGCAGGAUGGCAGAGUGGCCAUUGAUGCUAUCGAAACGCUUUUUACCGUUUACGAAAUUGCACAACGUCUUGGUGGUGAGGAAGAAAUUGAAAGGGUUCGUGCGGACCUGACCCGUGACGUCUGUACGGCCAUUUCCGCCUUUUGUUCAAGCCAUGACUUCACGGCAGGGUGUGCUCUGUACGAAAAGCUCAUUGCCAUGAUGCCAUGGCCAAAACACCCCGCUUCCACUGCUACGGAUUCCAGCAGUGCCCAACACGAAGUUAAAAGCGACAGGCAUGAGACGACUGCCAUGGAGAUUGCUGAGAGACUGCGGCUCCUUACCGCUCUCGCGAAUUGUGUGGGCAUGGACGUUGUGCAUUUCACCUAUGUGCAGGACGCCGUAGUCGAACUUUUUUCCAAUACAGAUGUGGGGUACUUGCCUGCUACACGGAAAAUCUCACAGGAGAGCCUUUGUGCCGUUCUUCGUGCAUUGUCGCGUGUCACACUUGAUCCACAGGCGAGGAUGAGUGCAAGCCAGUCAUUUUUUUGUGCCAUACAACACAACUCACAGGCGGAUGUCUUUCUUGCGCCCGAAGUCACAGAGGCGCUGCUACAAGUGGCCAGUGCGGCACGGGAUGGAAAUGUUGCGUUGCUCCUUUACAACCAGUUGACGGCACCCAGAGUUCAUCGUGAGGAUGCUCCGGCAAAUAUCAUCGCCAUUCUUUUAGCCGAGAAUGACGCGCUGGACGAUUUCACACGAUUUUUGAGUUUUGUGGGCCUGCGCCGGCGGGUUAUGGCUUCCUCUGCGGUGCACUUACUUGCGGCGAAACUUCUGCUUCAGCGUAAACCUUCCAAUGUUUUGUACACCGUUUUGGAAAUGAUUGAGGAGAAGCACGAGGUGGAACCGCAGCGAACAUUUUUUCUUCGUCUCCUUGUGUUUUACCGUGACCUGCAGCGACAGACGCCUAUGGACGGCUCUUCUGUGGCUAUUCCGCGCUUACAUGAGCAUGCACUAGUAAUUCUUGGGGAAUGGCGAGAGACGUUGCGUCGCACCGGUGCGAGGACUGCUGCCCUUACCACAAUUCAACUUCUUCAACAAAUCCGGCAGCAUCUUGUGGAUAUGGUGGCAUUGCAAGAGGACGCAUCGGAGGGGGGGAUGGGGGCGGUGUCAUCAAUAUUGACUUGCAUUGAGGGGAUGCUGUUGGAUUUUUCGCUGGGUUGGCUGAAUCACUGCGCUGCGGCUUCCCGCACGCCGCAGUAUCAUGUCACGAGUGCGGAGCUGCGUCGUUGGGGAUUUGGGAAUACGAAUGAAACCAACGACACGUGCCGUUCCGGCGUCGUUGUAAAGACACUAAGCCAUGCCGUGAUGUGGCCAGGGACCAUCGCGACAAUUCCUCUUGAGGAGCGCCGGGUGUUGCUACGAAAGGCGUAUGAUGUCUUGUACUCUGCAACAAAAGCGGGAGGUAAAUUUGUGCUGGGAUUUGGUGAUUUUGUCCGCCUCUGUUGGCUCGAGGAUGCGAGUUUUCUCCCCAGCGAUACGAACACCGCUGUCUCUCCUUCCUGUGGGGACGCAUUCAACUUAAGUCUGGACAGACUCAACAGUUGUGUACCGCCGGUGUAUGUCACAGAUGCGCUUGGUGAGACAAUUUUACAUGAAAAUCUUUCCAAUUUAUUAUCAUCAUCAUCUCUGGUGAUUCAGCGCGAUGUUUGCAUCGAGGGUGCCUCUGCGGAUGAGCCCCUGCGGAGCCGGCAUUACGGUUUCACAGAGGAGGAGUGGCUCUCGCGAUGGCUGGACGAGUCGUCUGUCGUGUUGCACAUGGGGCGUGGCGUAUUUGAGCAUCAACUUGAACUUCUGCUGCGCACGACAUCACGUACGCAGGGGAGACAGUGCGAGGAGGAGAGCUGUGGAAAGUCGCCGGCCGUGCAAUGUUUUGUCUCCGUUGCCUGA